CCAUUGCUGCUUCUCCCGCGUGGGAAAACUCGUGUUACUUUCCGGCUACACGCUGUUACUGCGAGUUCGGGAUUUUUACGUGUCGGGAUUUUUUGUUUCUCUUAUUGAAGGCGUAAAGAGUGAGCAAUCUAAGAGAAGAACAUGGUGCGCAAACUGAAAUUUCAUGAGCAGAAGCUUCUCAAGAAGCUAGACCUGGUGAACUGGGAAGCUGCAUCAGGCAAUCUAGCUGAACUGCGUGUGCUUCGUCGUUUCCGUAUACAGCGGAGGGAAGAUUACACUCGCUACAAUCAGCUUAGUCGCGCUGUUCGGGAAGUAGCACGCCGGAUCAGAGACCUGGGUGAUGUACCAGAAUCAGUAGGUUUCCGUGCUAGGAGCACUGCUGCUCUUCUGGACAAACUUUAUGCCAUGGGUGUGAUACCCUCUAAGAGCUCUCUUGAGCAGUGUGAUCGAGUCUCAGCCUCUUCCUUCUGCCGCCGCCGUUUGCCUUGUCUGCUCCUAAAGCUCCAUAUGGCGCAAAACUUGAAAUCUGCUGUGACCUUUGUGGAGCAGGGACAUAUUCGGGUGGGACCAGAAGUUGUAACAGACCCUGCAUUCUUGGUGACCAGGGCCAUGGAGGACUUUAUUACCUGGACUGAUUCCUCUCGCAUCCGACAACAUGUACUCAACUACAAUCAGGAACGGGAUGAUUUUGACUUUAUUUGUUAAGAACAAAUUAUCCAUUUGGGUGAUUAUAUCUUAAAUAUUUAACUCCGUUAAACUCAGCUUCAGGAAGUGUC